GACUCGAUCUCCGCAGGCAAGCCGGCACGCAAGCACCUUCGCUCGGCCAUGGGAGCAGAGAGCUCAGUGCAGCGGGACAUCGCCCGGAGCGGGGAGGAUGGGGAGGAUGCUUCAGCCUCAGCCGCGGCCGCCGGGGUGGGGACGCAGGGAGGCGGCGUCCUCGACGACAAGCCCCUGCAGAAGAAUGGACAGAUCUCCAGCCUGACCAGUCUGAGUGGAUACUCGGAGGACAACACGCUGGCAGAAGUUGGCCAGCCAGAUGGUGUGUCCGUGGCUCAGAAGGAGGACACCUCAGAGACCAUGGACACCAUCGCGGAUGAGCAGGCUCCUCAGGUGAAUGGUGAGAAAGUGGAGAAGGAGUCUCCCGACGGCAAUGAAAUCACUCCCGCUGAGGAGAAGGCAGCGGAGGAGAAGCCCAACGAGACAGGGGAAGUGGGCUUCAAGAAGAUCUUCCGCUUUGUGGGCUUUAAGUUCACCCUGAAGAAGGACAAGAGUGAGGAGAAAGAACCUGUGAAGCUGCUGACGGUGAGAGAUAAGGAUGGAGAGGUGGUCAACGGAAUCGAUGAACCUGUAAAGGACGAGGCCGCAACUGCGGAAGAGAACAGCGCCACUGAAGAGAAAGAGGGCAAAACAGAGGCACCCAACACUGAGGCUGAAGUCACUAAAGAUGCCAACAAUGCUGAAACCCCCGAUGGUUCUGUUGAUGCUGCCAAAACCUCCGAUGAAGCAGUCAAAGAGGAAGGAGCUGAGAAAGAGGGCGAGGCCAGUUCACCACCCCAGGAGGCUGCGUUGUCCCCCUUCAGGAAGCUAUUUAGUACAGGCCUCUUCUCUAAUCUGCGAAAGAAAUCCAGCAUUAAGAGGACAAAAGAGGAGGACGACAAGGAGGUAGCCGGUGAGGACGAAGCUGCUAAAACGGAGGAGGGGGAAGAUAACCCAGAGGCGGAGCAAGAAACCAAGGAGGAAGCACCGACAACUCUAGAGAAAGAAAAAGCCGAAGAGGAGGCCCCAGCAUCACCUGAAGAGGCUAAACCUGAGCCAAGCUUGGAGUCUGAGGUCACCACUGGUAGCCCUACUGCCACUUCUGAUGAGACAAAGCCAGAAGAGGAAAAAGCAGAAGAAGAGAAGGCUCCAGCAGAGGUAACCUCGGAUUCUGAACUUGUGGGUUCACAAGAGAAGGUGAAGCCCCAAGGAAGCCCCCUGAAAAAGCUUUUCACUGGUGCUGGAUUGAAGAAACGCUCUACUAAGAACAAGAAGAGCAAGAAAGAUACUGAGGCCAAACUGACAGAGUCUGGGGAGCAAGCAGCAGAACUUCAGUCCUCCACUGAGUCCACGGAAGCGGCAAAAUCAGACAGUGGACCUUCAUCCCCAGAAAAAUCUGGAGAACAUGCUGUUGAAGCAGAGGUGCUCCAGGCUGACUCCACAAAAGAAGCCGAAGGUGAAGCUGUCUCCGAUGGAGAGAAGAAAAAAGAAGGAAUCGUCACCUGGUCUUCCUUCAAGAAACUAGUGACGCCCAAGAAGCGUGUGAAACGAUCUUCUGAGAGCGAUGAUGAGGUCACAAGUGAGAAAGCAGCAAAGUCAGCAACCUUGUCGUCUUCUGAGAGUGCUCCAUUAGCGGAUAGGGGUGUAGAGGAGGAAACUAAAGAGGACAAACCCUCUGAGGACGAAAGUAAGACUGAUAACGCUGAAGAGAAGCUGGUCAGCAGCACAGAGGAGCCCAAAAAGAAAAUGGACACUUCUGUCUCCUGGGAAGCUCUGAUGUGUAUGGGAGGACCCAAAAAGAGGACUCGGAAGACUUCUGAUUCUGAUGACGAGGAAACCAAGAUUGAAGAGGAAAGUCGUGCACCAGCUGCAGAAGAGGAGGAGAAAACUGAAGCGUCUGCGGUGAACACUCAAAGUGGCGAAGGUGAAGGGGAAGGUGCUUCCUCCCCAGAACCUCUGAGCAGCUCACCUGAGAGGGAGUCUGCCUGGGACACUCUGAAACGCAUGGUUAUGCCAAAGAGUAAGGCCAAAGAUGAGGAGAAGGCAGAGGAAAUUGCAGAACAGGUCCAGCCAGAAAGCGAAGCACCAAAGGAUGAGUCGUCAUUCUCUUUGAGAAAGUUCUUCCCUGGUCUCAGAAAGAAAAAGCCUGAAAAACAAUCCUCCAAUGAAAGCGAGGAGGACUCUGACACCCCAGCUGUGGUUCCUCUCUCGGAGUAUGACGCACAACACGAGGUUGUCCAGGAGGAACCGGCAGAGGUACCUGCGAACACAGCUCAAGUGUCCUCUGACGAGAGAGCCCCUUCGUGGAUCGCAGCCAUGGUGGAGCAAGGCGAUGACCAGCAUGAUCAGCUGAGCGACAUCACUGAAGAAGCAGAGAAUGUCGCUACGCCCAAGUCUGUUGACACUGACAAUGCGGAGGAUGACACUGAGGAGCACGUUGGUCUGCCCCCAAAAUCUGCAGAACGGAGGUUAUCCAUGGCUGAAGUUGCUCAAACUCCUCCCUCAGAAACCACCACCAGUGAUCCCAAGGAACCCAAGUGUGAAAAUGCACAAGUGGUCAUGGCAGCAAUUAAGGCUGAACUCAGUGAAGUUCCACCAAUGACAACUGUGAUCUGUGAAGAUGCACCAGGUUUUGCAGCAAUUGUUUCAGAAGAAUCUGAACCACCUUUGGAACAUGCUGAUUCUCAGACUAACCGCUUCCUGCAGCCACACGCCCAUGAUGAGGCAGUGGCCACUUGCACCGGCCUGGGAAGUGAGGAGAUUGCUAAAAUCGUUCUGGAGAAACCUGCAACGAAGAUCACAGAGUUUGUUUCUGUGGUCACUGAUGCCCUCAGCACAGAGGUCUUGGUAAAAGAGGAUUCCAUGAAACUGGAGGAGGCCACUGUUACAGAAGAUGCAUUGUUGAGCGUCCAAGUCCAACAAGAGCGAAACACUGAGAUAGAUUGUGCCGAAAGCUCACAGAGUGAAGUGCUCGAAGUUCAAACCGCUGCGGCGAGCUGUGAACCCGACCUCCCGUGCGUUGGGAUCGUCAACACUUUGCUGGAGCCACAACUUGUCGAGACCACCACCGGUGUGAUCAACGACGCUUCGAUCGAUUCCAUUACACCAACAGUUGAAACCCCCAUGUUUUUACAGAACAGCGAAGUCACUGAGCCAAGUGUGAAAACAAACAAGGAACAAGACCUUGCCUGUGAAGUCGUGAAACCAAGUGAGGAGGUUUGCGUCAUCGCAGAAUCCGUUGUCCUCGUCAGCCCGCCCUGUGUGGACCAAGUGGCAACCUCCAACAUGUCUGAGCCAGAGGACACCGCGGAUACCAGUGCUGAUAAUGAGGAAUCGGGUCAAAUUGAGGCCCAGAGCGUGGUCAUCGCCCAGUCUGUCAUUCAGGACGCUAUGGAUAAAGUUUCAGAACAGCCAAAAAAAAACGAAACCUCCGCUCCAAUAACAGCGGUCCAGGCAGUGAUGACCAUGGAAAAUGAAAUGGAGAUCGCUGUCAUCACUGACACCCCUAUCCCUAUCACCAGUGAAAAACCACCAGAGAAGCCACUUUUUGUCACCACGGAAUGCGGAACAGUGCCGAUCGAGGUGGCAGUGAGCCUCGAUGCGUCUGUGGCGGAAAACGGGAAAUCCGAGGAAGGCUUGAAGAAAGCCGUGGAGGUAAACGUAAGUGAAGAAUUUGUCAUAGAGGAAGAAGUUGUUGAGAUCCUUGGUGAGAGUCAGAUGAACAACAAACUGGAGGCGGUGAAGGCGGAGCUGGAAGAAGAGGAGCCGCGAACCGAGGCGAAGGAGAGCCACGUGGCCGCCCGGGUGGUUCUGAACACCGCGCAGGAGGUCGAGGAGGAGUUGGUCCAAGAGGAGACGGUUGAAGAGUUCAGCAGCAACAGCCCCGCGGACGGCAAAGGAGACCGGCCCGCGAGCGAUCAGUCAGAAAGUCUCCCGGCAGGGGACGGGACGCCGUCAAAGUGCGCCGAGGUGAUGGCGCAGGUGAUGGAGGUGAUCGAGGAAGCGGUGAAGGAAAUCCAGCCCGCGUCCACAGAAAUCACACCGGCAUCGUGAGCAGAUGAGGAUGCAGAAGCGUUGCCUGGGAGACCAGGACGAGAGUGACGACAAGGAAGAAACAGAGGACGCUCGGUUACGACUACCCGCUGACACGCCCGGGACUGGGCUCCGCCCCUUCCUGCCCUGACAGAGACUAAGUCACCGAGCUUCCUGUCCACCACCCAUACACCCCCCACCUGCCACCUCCCUGCAUCAAGCAGUGCGCCCCCCUACUCUGUCUCCACGACGAUGCAAGCAAGUGGAUGAGUGUUUACCCGUGUGCGUGUGCGUGUGUGUGUGUGUGUGUGUGUGUCUCAUGGUGUAUAGGUGUGAGAGAAUAUCAGAAGGUAAACAGAUUGUAUAUUGUAUUUAUAUUGCGAGUAUUCCGCCAGUCACCUUUUAUUUUUUUUCAUGUUGAGCCCUAUUUUUUAUUUGGUUUAAAGAUUAUUUUUUAAAAAUGCAAGAAGCAACAAGACCUUCCCAAAGCUAUUUGUUGCAUACGGCGGGCUGGGGUGGGUGGGUGGAUAUUGUUGUCAUUUAAAUAUUUACAGCCAUGGUACAAACUGUGAUUCCUACUGUUAGUAAGACAAAAAUUGGAGCAUAUCCCCUCACCUUUCAUGUAUAUGUAUAUUUAAAAAAAAAAAAAAAAAAAAUAAGAUGCCUAAUUUACUGUGAAAAAAAUCUUGUCGCUCAUUAUCUCGUCAUAACACAAUAAAAUACUAUUAUAGCAGCCUCACUUCAUCAUGUGGUAGAUAAAAAAAAAAAAAAUUAAACUUGGAGCUUAUAGGUAGUGGAUUAAUUAAUGAAUUCAAGCUACUUUUGAACACCAAUCCUAGAGUCUGAAAGUUGAUUCAUACAUUUUGUUCCUCUUCAAUAAAUGUGCUUAAGAUGAAUCAAUGGCUGACACCAGCAAGCUUUGUGACCAAAUGAGACAAACAUUAAUCAAUACUUGCUUUUUGUGUACAUAAAUAUCCCAGCCCACACUUGUUUUAGCCCUCUCACUCAGCUUUGACUUCACUGUGAGCCUGCUAACAUUUGUACAGAUGAUGUGUAUACGCUUGUAUGUACUGACAAAGCUUCUUCUGAUAACAACUAAUAUACUUCAUUCUCCGUAAUAUUCACAUAAGCAUGAUUUGAAACUGUCUUUUGUAUUUUCCAGGCUGUAAAUAGUACGGAUACGCAAACGUGUCUAUAUUUCAUUCAAUAAAGUUUCGAGGGUUAGGGGGAGAAAAAAAA